AUGGGCGCCCGAGCCUUCUUCCGCAGCCGCUCCCUCAAGGCCGACGACGUCCGCCGCACCGCCGCCGCCGAGCUGACGCUGCGCCAGUCCCUGCUGCCCAUCGCCCUCGUCACCGUCCUCUUCUUCCUCUGGGGCUUCAGCUACGGCCUGCUCGACACCCUCAACAAGCACUUCCAGACGGUCCUCGACGUCGACCGCGCCCGCUCCUCGGGGCUGCAGGCCGCGUACUUUGGCGCAUACCCCCUCGCCUCCAUCGGCCACGCCGCCUGGAUCCUCCGCCAUUAUGGCUACCGCGCCGUCUUCAUCUGGGGCCUGUGCCUCUACGCCCUCGGCGCCCUGCUCGCCAUCCCCGCCCUCAAGGCCCGCAGCUUCGGCGGCUUCUGCGCGUGCAUCUUCAUCAUCGGCAACGGCCUCGGCUCCCUCGAGACGGCCGCCAACCCCUUUAUAACCGUCUGCGGCCCGCCCCGAUACGCGGAGAUCCGGCUCAACAUCUCACAGGCCUUCAAUGGCAUCGGCACCGUCAUCGCCCCGGUCCUCGGCUCCUACGUCUUCUUCAACUUCAGCGAUGACGACGCCCUCGACCACGUCCAAUGGGUCUACCUCGCCAUCGCCAUCUUUGUGCUCCUCCUCGCCGCUGCCUUUUUCUUUGCGCGCAUCCCUGAAAUCACCGAUGCAGACAUGGCCUUUCAAGUCCAAGAGACGCACGCGUCGGCCACCGACAGCGCCGCCGUCGACACGCCCUUCCACAAGCAGUACCGCCUCUUCCACGCCGCCUUUGCGCAGUUCUGCUACACGGGCGCCCAGGUCGGCAUCGCCAGCUUCUUCAUCAACUACGCCAGCGCCACGCGGCCCGACACCGACUCGGCGCUGGCGGCCAAGUUCUUCGCCGGCGCCCAGGCCGCCUUUGCCAUCGGCCGCUUCGCCGGCGUCGGCCUGAUGCGCGUCGUCCGCCCGCGCUACGUCCUGCUGGCCUUUCUCUCCUGCUGCAUCGUCUUCAUCGGCCCGGCCGUCACCCAGCGCGGCAACGUCGGCGUCUCCAUGCUCUACCUCGUGCUCUUCUUCGAGUCCAUCUGCUUCCCGACCAUUGUCGCCCUGGGCAUGCGCGGCCUGGGGCGUCACACCAAGCGCGGCAGCGGAUACAUCAUCGGCGGCGUCGUCGGCGGCGCCUGCGUGCCGCCGCUCACCGGCUAUGUCGGCGACCGACACGGCGACGGCAUCGCCAUGGUCGUGCCUCUGGUCUUCUUCGUCGCCGCGUGGUCCUACGCCGUCUGCGUCAACGUCGUCCCGUCGUACUACACCGUCCUCGACUCCUACGCCGAUGCCAACGUCGGCCUGCGCUCCAGUCCGGUCGACGACAUCGAGGGUCCCGGCUCCGCGUCUACCGAAAAGGUCGGGCCGACCGAGGCCUCUCCGCGAUGA